AUGCAAGGAAGCUCAAGCUCCUCGUGCGUCAACAAGCCCUCCCUGGCGCCGCCCGUCCCCGGAGCCGAUGGCCCGCCGGCGGCGCGCCGCAUCGUGGCGGCCCACCGGCUCCCCCUCCGCGCGUCGCCGGACCCGGACUCGCCGUUCGGCUUCGCCUUCUCCCUCGACCCCGACGCGCCCUCGCUCCAGCUCUCGCGCGGUUUCUCCCCCGCGCCCGUCACCUACAUCGGCACCCUCCCCGCCUCGGUCGAAUCCAAGAUCGUCCCCUCCGACGAGCUUAAUGACUACCUCAUGGAGAACUUCUCCUGCCUUCCCGUGCACCUCGACGGCGGCCGCCACGCCGAGUUCUACGACGGCUUCUGCAAGCGCUACCUGUGGCCGCUUCUCCAUUACCUGCUCCCGUUCACGGUGGCCGACGCCGGCAACCUGUACUUCGACGAAGCCGAGUACAGAGCGUUCAUUGCGGCGAACAGGCAGUUCGCCGACCGCGUGAUCCAGGUGCUCUCCCCCGACGACGGCGACCUCGUCAUCGUCCAUGACUACCACCUCUGGGCGCUCCCCACCUUCCUCCGCCGCAAGUGCCCGCGCGCCGGCGUCGGGCUGUUCCUCCACACGCCGUUCCCCUCCGCCGAGAUCCUCAGCUCCGUCGCCGUCUGCGACGAACUCCUACGCGGUCUACUCAACGCCGACCUCGUUGGCUUCCACACCUCCUACUACGCCCACCAAUUCGUCUCCUGCUGCUGGGGCCUCCUCGGCGUCUCCUACAACAUCUCCUCCCUGCACGGCGGCCACGUGGGCAUCAACUACCACGGGCGGACCGUGCUGGUCAAGACCUUCACCGUUGGCGUCGACAUGGGCCGGCUCCGCGCCACGCUGGCCUCGCCGGAGGCCGCCGCCAAGGCCAAGGAGAUCGCCGAGGCGUACCGCGGCCGCGUCCUCAUGGUCGGUGUCGACGACGUCGACCCCUUCAAGGGCGUGGGCCUGAAGCUCCUCGCCUUGGAGAAGAUGCUCGAAGCGGACCAGGACAUGCGCCGACGAGUGGUCCUCGUGCAGAUCAACAACCCCGCGCGCAGCGCCGGCGGCGAUGCUGAUGACGUCCGUAGCGAGGCGGCGCAGAUCGAGCGGCGCAUCAACAGGCGCUUCGGGGACGGCGGCGAGCUGGUCGUCGCCAUCGACGGGCCAGUGCCCAUGUGGGUGAAGGCGGCCUACUACGCCGCCGCCGACUGCUGCGUCGUCACCGCCGUGCGCGACGGGCUCAACCGGAUCCCCUACUUCUACACGGUGUGCCGCGAGGAGGGCGCGCGGCGGGGCGGCGCCGUCGUCGUGUCCCAGUUCGCCGGCUGCGCAGCGUCGCUGGGCGGCGCGAUCCGCGUGAACCCGUUGGACCCCGCGGCCCUGGCCGACGCCAUGCGCGCCGCCGUCACCAUGGACGCCGAGGAGAGGCAGGCGCGGCACAGCGCCAACUACGGCUACCUCCGCGCGCACGAUGUCGCCGACUGGGCGCGGUCGUUCGACAAGGCCCUGAACCUCGCCUGCAGGGACCACGCGGCGUUGUUGCUUGUCGGGUUCGGGCUCGGGCUGGGGUACCGCGCAAUGGCGCUCCGGCCGAGGUUCCAGGCGCUCACGGCGGAGCACGUCCGGCCGUCGUACCGCGACGCCGCGUGCAGGCUGAUCCUGCUGGACUACGACGGGACCAUGGUGCCCGAGCAGCAGGACGAGAGGAAGGGGGCGCCGGAUGCUGGAAUUGUCCGCCUCCUCAACGAGCUCUGCGCCGACCCGAAGAACGUCGUCUUCCUCGUCAGCGGCCGCGGCAAGGAUCAGCUGGCGGCGUGGUUCGCUUCCUGCGAGAAGCUCGGCAUCUGCGCGGAGCAUGGCUACUUCACAAGGUGA